UUGAAUACUAAACAGCUGCACAGCUCUUUAUUUAUCUUUGUUUUUUUUUCUUGAAAGCCGUCGUCGUCGUCGACAUGCUGCUCUGUGUGCUGUUUGCUGUCUGUAUAUUUACCAGAUAUCCCGUAGAUGCCCAAACUCUGAAUGAAGACGAAGAUAUUUUCAACCAGGAUUUCUUUGGAGCAGAUUUUCUCCAACAUCGUCUGCAUGCUCCGUUCACCUGCUCCGACAUGAGCCCGUCUCCCACCGUCCCCACGUCAGUUGAAUUUGUGAAAGCUGCAGACGUCAAAGUCAUCGCUGCGCUGGGAGACUCUUUAACUACAGCUAUCGGUGCCAAUGGAUCUACAAUUUUAUCGAUUCCUUUCGAGUUCCGUCAGGUGUCAUGGAGCAUCGGAGGAUAUGGAACUUAUCAAAACGUCAUAACACUGGCGAAUAUUUUAAAACUCUUCAACCCCAAACUGCUCGGUCCUUCGCCCGUCAUGACUUUCCACGGCCGUCCGACGACCGUCAACGAGACGGGCUUCAACUUCGCCGUCACCGGACACAACACGCUAAAUGUCUCCGAUCAGAUCAGACACAUGAUAGACACGUUCAAGUCCUAUCCAGGUCUGAACUUCCAGGAGGACUGGAAGGUGGUGACGAUGCUGAUCGGCAUGAACGACAUUUGUGAUUACUGCAAAGACGAAACUCUGUUCUCUCCUGACAACUUCAUCCACUACAUGACAGAAGCUCUGGACAUGAUGAUGAACGAGAUCCCCAGGAUGAUCGUCAACGUGGUGCAGAUUCUUCCAAUGAAGCCUCUCCGAGAAGUUCAGAGACCCUCUCUGGGCUGUCAGCUUCAAAAGAGUUUCUGCUCUUGUCUCGUCCGACCUGAAGAGAACUCGACUGAGCUGAAGGAGCUGGUGGAGAUUAACUACAAGUUCCAGAGGAGACUGGAGAAACUUCUGCACAGCGACCGCUUCUUCAAAAAGGACUUUGCUGUCGUUCUGCAGCCUUAUUUAGAAAACUCAGAACCACCGAGACUUCCUGACGGGAGCAUUGACUUGAGCUUCUUCACUGCAGAUUGUUUCCACUUCACUGUUAAAGGACAUGAAGAGUUAGCAAAGGGACUGUGGAACAACAUGUUCCAGCCUGUUGGAGAGAAAGACAAAAUAAAGACAUUUUCAGAUCCAGUGGAACUCAUCUGCCCGCCAAAGGAGCAUCCGUACAUCUACACCAGACCUGGAGUGGACUCGUCUGCACCGACUCUGAGACCUUUCUCUGUGCUGACUCUGAUUUCUCUGCUCGCUGUGUUUCAUGAGCUGUAGUUUAACCUGCGGAGGAUUUCCUCUGGAGCCGAAAACAUGAACACCUCACAAACUCUAAAUAUAAAACUGAGGACAUAUGUACAGAAUGCCUGAAUUAAAUGUGUUGUUUAUCAAUGCCAAAGAUCCUUGUUCACACACUUAAAGGUCACACAUUCUCCUCCUCUUCAACCAGUUUAAAAAAGUCUCAUAUCCCCAAAACGUGUGUGAAGUUUCUUGUUAUAAAUCCUCUCUAACCUGUAUUUGAUCAUGCCUCUAUAUGUCAGCCCUGCUGGUUAUUAACCUCUGAUUUUGUCCUGUAUUAACGUUCCAUUGUGACUCUGUCUGCAUGGGGAGAUAUCAGCAUCCUGAUGAUCUUAUUUGAAUAUUCUUUGGUCUGAUUUACAAACUCUCCAGUUUGGAAUUGAAGGUGUUUAGAUUGAUCGCUCAGUGAACAAUCUGGUUUAGCAACUAUUAACUUCACUCUGACACGCUGUGCUGAAAUGUUGUCUUGUUAGUCAUCAGGUUUUUUCUUCUUGAGAAGCCGAAGACAAUUUUCCACAUUGUUGACGAGUAAAGUUCUGUUCUUCUUCUGA